AGGAAGGAAGAAUCUUACAGAAAUUUGCCUAUUCUCUUUUCUCUUCCGUUUUUCUUGGUUGGACGAGCCAAGAAUGUUGCAUCUCCUACUUCCAUUGCUGCUCUUGAUCUCCAACGUUGGACGAUCACAAUCAGCGAUCGUCGGGAGCCUCCCGGGUUUCCCCGGAGAUCUUCCCUUUAAACUCGAAACUGGAUACGUAGGGGUAGGAGAGUUGGAGGAAGUGCAGCUAUUUUACUACUUCAUCGAGUCCGAGAGGAGCCCCAAGGACGACCCCUUGCUGCUUUGGCUAACCGGCGGUCCGGGUUGCUCUGCUCUGUCCGGCCUCCUCUUCGAAAUAGGUCCUUUGCAGUUUGAUUAUUCACAUUCUAGCGGAAAUAAACCAGUGUUCAAGUUAAAUCCCUAUUCCUGGACAAAGAUAGCCAACAUUAUAUUUUUGGAUGCGCCCGUGGGUACGGGAUUUUCAUAUGCAACGAGAUAUACAGCAUACGAUAGUAGCGACACUUCCUCGGCAGCACAAACAUAUGAGUUCUUAAGAAAGUGGCUUAUGGCUCAUCCCAAGUACCUCACAAACCAGCUUUACAUCACCGGUGAUUCUUAUUCCGGUGUCCUUGUUCCCAUCAUUGUUAAAGAAUUAUACGAUGGCAAUGAAGCUGGACGCGAGCCGCCGAUGAAUCUCCAAGGUUAUGUGCUAGGCAAUCCGGUGACUUGUGAGGUAAAGGACAUUAGUCAAAGAAUUCCAUUCGGUCACAAGACGGCUCUCAUAUCAGAUGAACUUUACGAGUCAACGAAAACGGAUUGCAAUGGAGAUUACGUGAAUGUAGAUCCUACCAAUGAGCAGCAUGACCUUGAAAUGGUGUCAAUAUGCCUUGAGAAGAUAUUUUUGGGUCACAUACUGGAACCGAUAUGUAGUGUCAUAUCUCCUAACCAUACAAGGCUAAGAUGGAGCAGAAGUAUACUUGAAGAGAAUCUCAUCAACAUUGUCUUGGUGCCUCAACAAUCCAGGCCAUGGUGUCGGAGCUAUAACUACUUGUAUGCUUACAUUUGGGCCAACGAUAGGAAUGUCCGAGAAGCCCUUCACAUACGAGAGGGCACGAAGCCAGAGUGGGAUAGAUGCAACUACAGUAUAUCUUACACUAAGGACGUUCUUAAUAGUGUAGUCUAUCAUAGAUACCUCUCUAAGACAUCCCUCCGCGCCCUAAUUUACAGUGGUGAUCAUGACAUGGCUAUUCCGUAUGUGGGUACGCUGGAUUGGAUAAGCUCACUCAAUUUGACUUUACUUGGUCCGUGGUCGCCUUGGUUUGUGGAAGGUCAAGUAGCCGGAUACUCUAUAUUAUAUUCGGAGAAUAGUAAGUAUGAUUUGACAUUUACAACAAUCAAGGGAGGGGGACACACAGCUCCGGAGUAUAAACCCAAAGAAUGUCUUGCAAUGGUUGACAGAUGGAUCUCUUAUUACCCUCUCUAGCUAAUUUUAAUUGGUCGUUGGGUUAAUAGUACUCGAACCAAUCCAGAUUUGUCACCCAAUAAAUAAUGUGGUCGGGUCCUGUCAGCUCAUCCUUCCGUUUUUUUUGUGAGGAGCUUUGGCUCUGGUGGAUGAGUCAUCAAGA